AACUGUCUACGAAUGAAGAGCUUCAUCUCACUCUUCGUAAUCUCAUCAUUAGCGGCCCUGUGCUCGGUUGCAGAGGCAAAGUCGGUGACUGGAGAUCAGGUUCUUGUUCUUCUCGAUAACCUUGCCCAAAAAGAUUCUUAUUCGCGUCUUUGGGAAACACUUCAAGAUCGCGACUUUAAACUAGACUUCAAGAGUGCAGUUGACGGAGAGACAAGUCUUUAUUACUUUGGUCGACCCCUCUAUCAGCACAUUAUCCAUUUUGCGCCCACCACUGCAUCAUUGAGCAAACACAAAAACCUGGGUAACGUCGAGCUUGUAAAGUUUGUCAAUGGUGGUGGUAAUCUCUUAGUUGGUGUGUCAAGCGAUGCUUCCAAUGGCGUGCGGGAGCUGGCAAGUGAAUUCGACAUCGAGUUUGAGCCUGCGGGCACACGUGUAUUUGAUGCCAGCAGCACCAAUUCCAAUGCCAACGACAAGGACUCGAUCACCACAUCUCAGGUUGUUGCUCCACAAUCAAUCAUUCCCAAGGACUUUAGCUCGGCACCAAUUGUCUACAGUGGAGUCGGCCUCACAGUUGGAUCUUUACCUUUGGUCAACCGUGUUCUGAGCGCAGAAGAUACUGCAUUUGUGGCAGAGAGGUUUGGUAAGAAUAAGCCUAGUAAGAAUCCUGUGGAUCUUAUUGGAGCUAUGCAGACUAGAAACUCUGCCAGAGCUACAUUUGUGGGUUCUCUUGAUAUUUUCUCGGAUGCCUUAUUUUCUUCACCUGUUGAGAAGGUUCAAAAGGAUGGUGAUGUUGUAAAGUUUGAGAAGUCUGGUAAUGAGGAAUUUGUCUCUGAAUUGACAAAAUGGACUUUCCAAGAAAAGAGUGUCCUUAAGGUCAUUUCUCACUACCACCAUAAAGAAAAUCACACCGAACAACCUGAAUUUUACCGUGUAAAGGAUGAUAUGGUGUACACUUUGGAAAUUUCCGAGUAUGAGAAUGACCACUGGGUUCCUUUCAAGGCAAAUGAUGUUCAGUUGGAAAUUAUUAUGCUUGAUCCUUACAUCCGUACCACUCUGAAGCAAGUCCCUGUUGCUCCUGAACACCACUACGGACGAUUUAAGGCUCAUGUUCAACUGCCUGAUGUCUAUGGUGUAUUCACUUUCCGAGUCAACUACAAAAGAGCCGGUCUCACUUACCUGUCUGCCGAAGAUGUAGUUGCCAUUAGACCCUUUAGACACAACGAAUACCCUCGUUUCUUGACUGCUGCAUACCCUUACUAUGCCUCUGUGGGUAGUAUGAUUGUUGGAUUCUUGGUAUUUAGUGCUGUCUGGCUG